AUGACUCGAAAUAACCUUGCCGACCAACUCUCCUGGCUCCUAAGCAACGCCGCGUUAUCGAAACCACGUCUGCGAACGUUUCCUUGUGCUGGCGACUCCUCUUCCCUCAAUACUUCGCAGCCGUCUUCCAUUGAAACUGGCGCAGCGCAUCGACUUCGAUCAUCUUCAAGUAUAGGCUCACAGACAAAUCCCCGCCCGCGAAGCCGCGCGUUAGAUAAUGCUGUCAACUUAAACGGGUGGGGGGAGGACUUCGUGGAUACACCGCAAGUAACAGUGUCAGACGACAGCAUGGUUCGAUUGGCCUCAACUACGAAGUCCAAGAGGCCUACUCUUAUUUCCCAACCACAGAAGCACCUUCCAACUUCAUCUGCUACUGAUAACCCUGGAUCAAAAGCUCGACCGGCGCCUACUGGAAACAAUGCUGUCUCAAACACACCAAAGAGCACACGAAAGCAUUCGCCUCAAAAACGGAGUAAUUCCCGAGAAUUCAUGUCGCCAAACCCGAGUCUAGACCUCGCCGAUUUUGACGCAGAUGACCUAGAAUGCAUGGAUCUUACAAAGGAUUUCACCGGUGUAACCGCCUCGACAGAAAAGAGUGACGACGUUCAAAUAUGGGAUACUACUAGUGCUUUAUGGUCACCACUGCCUCGUAGCAGUAAGAAACGGAAGAGUAAUGGGAUAAGCAGAGCUGAUACAGCAGAAAAGGAGAGCUUUCCUGAUGUGUACGAUAUCCUUGGCACCGAGCCACCUGUCUCAACUCCCGGGAGCCGGUCAGCUAUACGCCGCGCUGGCUUGACUAGCACUUCAAAAUCACGUCGUAAACGGGACGUGAAGGAAACACCAAAGGAUGUGCCAGGAGACUUCGGGAGCGAUACCCUCAAUGAGGUCAUGGCCAGUUUGUCCUCACCCUCUCGGCAUGCGGCCGAUCGGCGGAACCAGUCAUCGUUAUCAAAGUCGCCGACCAAGAAGUCUUCAUUUCCGCAGCAAGAAGAUAGCACUAAGAAGAGGAAAGUCAACCCCUACGAAGGCAUUCUACCCCAGGACGGGCUGAAGCGGUAUGGAUUAUCCACUGACGCCAUGGAAAUGGAUGACUGUGUUCCGGAUUCAGAUGAGGAAUUCCUCACACCUCCCUCGCACAACACAUCUGCCAUUACUCAACCAAAGCAAUCAGACUCGAGCGGUGACACAAAUUUUGUACAAAAUGUGAUUUCGAGGAGUCAAGAAAGCGCAUCCUGGAGCCUGUUGAACUCGCCUUCUACUCGAGCCAUUGACCAGAACAGGGCAGACUGCACAGGAAUUACCUCAAGCUUUAGUACAGAUAAUUCUAGGAUUGAUGUCCUGGAUUUGGUGCCGGAGAAAAGCAUCCCCCUCGACCAGGCACCGAAGGUGUUGGAGUAUAUAUCCACAAAUUCGGAAGCUUUGACUAAACGACGUGAAGCUAUUGUAGAAGCCAUUCAGCGCAAUGGCGGUGAGUUCGUGAAAGCAAUCAACGAGAGAUGGCCAAAAGAGAAACGCAGCCAGGUUAAGGCUGAAAAAGAACGGCUUUUGAGGCAACAAAAAGCUGCUGAGGAAUUGGGUAAUUCAAUGCAGCCAUAUCGAGAAAUAUGCGAGAAAAGAGAAGCUCUGGCACAACUGGUGGCGCGGUCGUAUGCUGAAGGCAAUGAUACCGACGACGACGAGACUCGACUUGACGCACUUACGGACGUGGUUCAAGAACAAGAAGAAGGGCUUGCCAAACUCGUCAUUCAAGCUGGAUUUGAUGAAUCCAACUUACCCAUGCUGGCACCGCCGCCUUCUUUGUCACCAAAACGGGGGAAUACAGUAGUAUUUGGCACACAACCGUUGAACAUGGGGAUGGUCGAUGUGUCUCAUGGUCCGCGGGAUUCUUCUGCACAUGCUACUACGCUUACGCAAAUUGUCCAUCAGACUCAACUGCCAGACAUCCCCACGCCACGCUCACGUCGAACGGCAACACAGUCAGUACCGGGCAAUUCCAAUAAAGCUUUAGUAUCAAAGGAUGGUGAGGGUGCCGCAGGGGAGCUGUUCCCCAGAGAGACAUUACCCUCAACAGUGGAUACCAGGACUCGACGUGUGCGCAUUGCACCGACUGCUACCGAGGACAUGGAAGACGACAUGUUCUCAGAGUUUGAUGAAGCUGACUUGCGACCGGUCCAUACGGCACGAAGCAGAGGCACGCCCUCUCAGGUACCGCACAACUUCGCUUCGGGCCGGACACAAGACAAUUUCAGCGACUUCAGUGACGAUGAUGAUAUACUGGCUUUUGCAGAGGACUAUGAGACACGUCAAUCGCUGGGAGAUGACGGCUCAAGUUCUCGUCGUGUCUUCUCAGAAACAUCUGGAAACGUAAUGCCUCCUCCUAAAUCCAAAGGACCGGCAAAGCGGCCAUCUGCGCCUGUGUUACCAGAGCUCAGAAUACCACCAGAAUUGAUGAAGCAUCCGUGGUCACCAGAGGUCCAGAAAAUGCUAAAGGACCGGUUCAGAAUGAAAGGAUUUCGGCAGAACCAGCUGGAGGCAAUCAACGCCACUUUGGGAGGUAAAGAUGCCUUUGUUUUGAUGCCUACAGGGGGUGGUAAAUCCCUGUGCUACCAGCUGCCGGCAAUUGUUAGAACUGGAAAGACACGGGGUGUAACUAUUGUUGUCUCCCCAUUGCUGAGUCUAAUGCAAGACCAAGUCGACCACAUGAAGGGUCUCGGUAUCCAGGCGGUAGCCUUCAAUGGAGGAUGCUCAGCAGAGUACAAAAGACAAAUAAUGAGUACUUUUGACGAACCGAGCCCAGAGCACUUUAUCGAGCUACUUUAUGUUACGCCGGAGAUGGUGAGCAUGAACGCUGCCUUUAACAAUGCGAUGCAAACGCUGUAUCAAAGAGGCAAAUUUGCACGACUGGUAAUUGAUGAAGCUCACUGCGUCAGCCAAUGGGGCCAUGACUUCAGGCCUGACUACAAAACUAUUGGUCAGGUCCGCAUGAGGUUUCCCCGAGUUCCUUUCAUGGCCCUGACCGCCACUGCCACCCAAAAUGUCAUCGUUGAUAUCAAGCACAACUUGAACAUGGCUAAUUGCCAAGUGUUCUCGCAAAGCUUCAACCGCCCAAAUCUGUACUAUGAAGUGCGGACCAAGAAGUCCCAUGCGAAUGCUACCGAGAGCAUUGCCUCGCUGAUAAAUGCCAAGUAUCACAACACCACCGGUAUUGUGUAUACACUUUCAAGAAAGCAAGCUGAGGAAGUUGCACAAACGCUUGCUGGUUAUGGUAUUGCAGCCCGCCACUAUCAUGCGGCUAUCGACCCUCAAGCCAAGGUCGAUGUUCAAAGAUCAUGGCAAAAAGGCGAUAUCAAAGUCGUUGUUGCCACAAUCGCUUUUGGUAUGGGUAUAGACAAGCCUGAUGUCAGAUUCGUCAUGCAUCACGGCUUGCCCAAGAGUCUAGAGGGGUACUACCAAGAGACCGGUCGCGCUGGCAGAGAUGGCAAGCCCUCCGACUGCAUUCUGUUUUAUGGAAAAGCGGAUAUAAGAGUCCUGAAAAAGAUGAUUGCAGACGGAGAUGGUAAUAAUGCACAGAAGGAACGCCAGAUGGUUAUGCUCAACCGGGUCACGGCCUUCUGUGACAACAAGUCCGAUUGUCGACGUACUGAAGUGCUUCGCUAUUUUGGAGAAGACUUUGUGCCGAGCCAAUGCCAAAAAUCCUGCGACAACUGCCGGGCCGGGCUGGUCUUUGAACAACAAGACUUCUCAGAAUAUGCCAUUGCUGCGAUUCAGGUCGUCCAUACUCAGCGGCGUCUUACAGCUAGUCAAUGCGCAGACAUCCUGCUUGGCAAGAAGUCCCCUGCCCACGAGGAGUUGGUUUCUGACGGACAAUAUGGUAUAGCCAAAGGCUUGAAGAAGCACGAAGUUGUUCGGGUCAUUGAUCGACUAUCGGCUGAAAAGGCGUUUCAUGAAAAUAACGUGGUUGGAAACUAUGGUGUAGCUAUUCAAUAUCUUGAAGUUGGAUCUACUGCCCACCUGUUCCUUACUGGCCAGCGUAAGCUGAUGCUCACGAUCCAAGUAGACGACGGGAAUCGUUCCAGGACCAAGUCCUCGGCUAAAAGGACGACUAAGAAAAAGGGAAAGGAACAAGACAUUCAAGCCAUGCAGUCGACAUAUGUCUCUUCCCCAGUGGAGAGACGAAAGAGGAGGAGAAAGGUUGAGGGGAGUGACGAUGAAGAAAAUUUUCCAACUACUUCAAACGGCUAUGCUAACGACGGAUUUGUCGUCUCGGAUAACGACAUGCGAGAAGAUGACGAUGAAGAAGAAGAAGCUUUUGAGCCUCUUCCCAAGCAUCGUCUAGCCAAGGCACCUGCCAAACCUGCAGGAAAGAAGAAAGCUGUGCCCUCAGGGCCACCCAUCACUUCUAACAAGCGCGUGGAAGACCUGCCCGAGAUCCAUCAAGAUCUGGUCGGCACGUUUGUGACGGAAGCCCGAAAGGUGGAAGAACACAUCCGCAACAAGAAGGAGCUCAGACGCCCCCUCUUCACAGAGCGAGACCUUCAAGAAAUGGCCAUACACUGGACAAUAUCUCUCGACAGAAUGAGUCGCAUCCCCGGCAUCGACGUGGACAAGGUUCAGGAACACGGUCGAAAGCUACUUCCCAUAUUGAAACGACAUCACAACAUGUAUCGAGAAAUCAUGGAUGCCGAAACUCCCAACGAUGACGACCAACAAGUGGUGGACUUGGUAAGCUCAGAUCUUGAGCCCGACCAAGCAGAAGAAGACGUCGACUCGCACUACUUCCAGCCCAAGUCACGACCAGAAGUGGAAGCCUUCCACAGCAAACUCCAAGACCUGAGCAGCCAACGACAGAGCCAGCCAAAGCCCAAGUCGUCCUAUUCACGAGGGAGCGGCGGGGGGAAGAAGUACUUUGCCGGCAAGAAGGGGCCCCGAAAAGCCUCGGGUGGCGGUGUCCCCAAGCGUAAAGGUAAUAGUUUCGGAGGUCGAAAGGCGAGUGGCUCUUCAACUGCACGGUCAACCGCGGGAACCAGUACCGGGAAACGAGACGGGAAACUCGUCAAGAAGAGUGGUGGGGGGAUUGGCUUGAUGCCCGUUUAG